UACAUCAACCUGUGCUGUUAAAGGAUCGACGGUCACUCUGCCCUGCAGCUUCACUCCAUUAAAAUCUUUUUUUAAAGAUGGAGGAGAAAUUCCUCUGAAGAUCGUCAGAGUCCUCUGGUGUAAAAACAGUCUGAUCUGUCAGGGUCACACCCCGUCUGUGUUUGACAGUAACUCAACUAUAAACAACCCUCGAUACGAGUAUCUGGGAGACAAGGAGAGAAACUGCACCUUACAGAUCAGAGAUGUUAGUGAGACAGAUGAAGAAACUUAUCGGUUCAGGAUGGAAGUAAAUGAUACUUAUGGACAUUUUACAAACACAACAGGAAUGAAAGUCACAGUUGUUGAAGGGACAAAGAUGAGAAUAAAAAGCUCCAGUAAUGUGACAGAGUUCAUCAGAGGUCAGUCAGUCUCUCUGCAGUGCACCAGUCUACACUGCACUUUCUACCACCUGAACAUCACCUGGAUGAAAGAUGGCCACACCCUCUCAGAGACCGGCCCCGCCCUCCAGCUCAACUCUCUGACUGCAGAGCAUUCUGGGAACUACACCUGUGCUGUGAGGACUAACAGCUGGUCCCAGUCUGAGCCGUUCAGCCUGCAGGUGGAGGGUGA